CGUAAAGAUGGCGAGGGGCGCGAGGUUUCAAGAUGGCGGUGGCUUGGUGGUUGACCGAAAGGUAGAGGUGAAGGCCCCUACAAAGUAAAAGAGGCCGGAAAUCGUCCCUUCCCCGCUUCUCGCAAUCUUGGGAGCCCAGCAGAAGCGUUUUUUUUUUUUUUUUUUUUUACCUUAAUGAACAAGUAAACCAUACAGAUUAUCAACAUGGGACGAAGAUCUACAUCAUCCACCAAGAGUGGAAAAUUCAUGAACCCCACAGACCAAGCCCGAAAGGAAGCCCGGAAGAGAGAAUUAAAGAAGAACAAGAAACAGCGCAUGAUGGUACGAGCUGCAGUUCUGAAGAUGAAGGACCCCAAACAGAUUAUCCGGGACAUGGAAAAAUUGGAUGAAAUGGAGUUUAACCCAGUGCAGCAGCCACAGUUAAAUGAGAAAGUACUGAAAGACAAACGUAAAAAGCUGCGUGAAACCUUUGAACGUAUUCUACGACUGUAUGAAAAAGAGAAUCCAGAUAUUUACAAAGAAUUGAGAAAGCUAGAAGUAGAAUAUGAACAGAAGAGGGCUCAACUUAGCCAAUAUUUUGAUGCUGUCAAGAAUGCUCAGCAUGUGGAAGUGGAGAGUAUUCCUUUGCCAGAUAUGCCGCAUGCUCCUUCCAACAUCUUAAUCCAGGACAUUCCACUUCCUGGUGCCCAGCCACCCUCCAUCCUUAAGAAAACCUCAGCCUAUGGUCCUCCAACUCGAGCAGUCUCUAUACUUCCUCUUCUCGGACACGGUGUUCCACGUUUGCCCCCUGGCAGAAAACCUCCUGGCCCUCCCCCUGGUCCACCUCCUCCUCAAGUCCUGCAGAUGUAUGGCCGUAAAGUGGGCUUUGCCCUAGAUCUUCCCCCUCGUAGGCGAGAUGAAGACAUGUUAUAUAGUCCUGAACUUGCUCAACGGGGUCAUGAUGAUGAUGUUUCCAGCACCAGUGAAGAUGAUGGCUAUCCUGAGGACAUGGAUCAAGAUAAGCAUGAUGACAGUACUGAUGACAGUGACACUGACCGAUCAGAUGGAGAAAGUGAGGGGGAUGAAUUUGUGCACCGUGAUGAUAAUGAGAGAGAGAACAAUGAGGAAAAAAAAUCAGGUUUGAGUGUACGAUUCGCAGAUAUGCCUGGAAAAUCAAGGAAGAAAAAGAAGAACAUGAAAGAGCUGACUCCUCUUCAAGCCAUGAUGCUUCGUAUGGCAGGUCAGGAAAUCCCUGAGGAGGGACGAGAAGUAGAGGAAUUUUCAGAGGAUGAUGAUGAUGAUGAUUCUGAUGAUUCUGAAGCAGAAAAGCAGUCACAAAAACAGCAUAAAGAAGAAUCUCAUUCUGAUGGCACAUCUACUGCUGCUUCACAGCAGCAGGCACCCCCACAGUCUGUUCCUCCUUCUCAGAUACAAGCACCUCCCAUGCCUGGACCACCUCCUCUUGGACCACCACCUGCUCCACCUUUACGGCCUCCUGGACCACCUACAGGCCUUCCUCCUGGACCACCUCCAGGAGCACCUCCAUUCCUGAGACCACCUGGAAUGCCAGGACUCCGAGGGCCUUUACCCCGACUUUUACCUCCAGGACCACCACCAGGCCGACCCCCUGGCCCUCCCCCAGGUCCACCUCCAGGUUUGCCUCCUGGCCCUCCUCCUCGGGGACCUCCACCAAGGCUACCUCCCCCGGCACCUCCAGGUAUCCCUCCACCUCGUCCUGGCAUGAUGCGCCCACCUUUGGUGCCUCCACUUGGACCUGCCCCACCUGGACUUUUCCCACCAGCUCCCUUGCCGAACCCGGGGGUUUUGAGUGCCCCACCCAACUUGAUUCAGCGACCCAAGGCAGAUGACACAAGUGCAGCCACCAUUGAGAAGAAAGCCACAGCGACCAUCAGUGCCAAGCCACAGAUCACUAAUCCCAAGGCAGAGAUUACUCGAUUUGUGCCCACUGCACUGAGAGUACGUCGGGAGAAUAAAGGGGCUACUGCUGCUCCCCAGAGAAAGUCAGAGGAUGAUUCGGCUGUGCCUCUUGCCAAAGCAGCCCCCAAAUCUGGUCCUUCUGUUCCUGUCUCAGUACAAACUAAGGAUGAUGUUUAUGAAGCCUUCAUGAAAGAGAUGGAAGGGCUACUGUGACAGCUUUUGAUGUCAGAGCAGGCUUCUGUUCACAACAGUGGUUCAUGGAGAAAGAGGCUGUUCUUAAACUUAGGUGAGAAAGCUACUUCCACUGUCAGGGUAUUUUCUAAUUUCAGUUCCAGAAUAUCCUAAAGUUUACCCUUGUUCAGAAUUUACUGCAUAUAAGAGAGGGCGUUCCAUUCAAAACAGAUUGGUUAUUGAAGCAGUGCUGCUAACAUCCACUCCCCUUCACACCACCAUUGCUUCCCAUUUCUUCCCCUUCUCCAGUUCUUUGGGAAUUUGUGAUCAGGGGGCUGCUAGUUACUUAUUUGUUUUGACUCUCUUGUGUGCUGUGGGCACUGGAAUAGAGAUUUCUGGAAAAACAGCUUAUUUCAUCUUGCUUUUUGUGUUUGAGUUAUUUUUAAUAUUUUUCUGUAAGUAUUUUAUAAUAUUUUACUUAUGAAAUGGAUCACAAUGUUAUUUCCUAAUACAAGGCAGGAUAUGUGGGAAGAAAAUGUACAAUUCUUUGAUUAAAAUUAUUUCCCACUGACCUAAAGUUUGAGUGUUUCAUGGAAAAAAUAAAUAAAUGUUCUACACCAAGAUGUGUGUUACUGAUAAUGUGUAAACGUGAUACCUGUUUUAUGGGCGGAAAAGAAGCAAGUAUUUAAAACUUGGGUUUUAAGGAACUAUCAUUUCUGGUACAGAAUAAGAAUCUUAUUAAAAAUGUGGUUAAAAAUUAAGUUUUAGAUUUUAUGAGAUAAAGAAGAAUAAUUUUCUUUCAAGAUUAUCAUACUGGCCUUAAAUAAAUUUCAUGUUACAAACAGUAUGACUCAGCUUUCAUUGCUUCGAAAAUAAUGAGUCUUAUCCUCAAAGAUUAUUUCCUCCAGAGCUUUGUCAACUGAUACUAAUUGAAUUGCAAAGCCCAUUUAAAACCAUUUCUAAACUAUUAGAGAAUCAGGAAAGCUACCUAUUUUUAUUUUUGAAUUGGUGGGUUUUAUGCGCGUUAUAUUAAAAUAUUAAUGAAUAACAGUACUUAACACUAUUAAUUUACAUCUAUAAUAUUUUCUUUACAAAGUGUUUUAAUAACUAACUCGUCUGUCCAGUAAUCCUGGGAGAUGACUUUCACAAGCAUUUCCCUGAUUUUUCACUUGAAAAUAUUAAAGCUUAAAAAGGGCUCAUGUGAUUUAUUUAGUGGCCCAGAGUGUGUAUUUCAUACACACACAGUAUAUGCAUUGUGUUUAGGCACACCUUGCUUUCCACUGUAUCUUAAAUGCCUUUCAUGUGAAUCCUAUACCAUUAAAAAUUGGUGAUAUCCUAAAAGAUAGUGCAAUACAAUAAAGCUUUUAUUUUCUUAGUUGAUUUCUCUAAUGGAUUUUUAGAUUUUUAUUGAGAACUUUUGUGUGUCCGGCUUUGCUUGGAAGUUAUUCUUUCAAAUUAAAGCAGAUCCUGCCAAAGCACUAAAUAAUCCAUUUUGAGUUUGUUUUUCCUUUUUAGUGUAAUUAAUAUAGGUCAGCAAGUGAGUUGAAACUUUGAUCGUGUAAAUGCAAGUAUUGAACACUGUUACCUCAUCAUCAAAUCAAUAUUGUAAUUACAUUAACUGUUUAGUAUCUUGGCAUUAAACAGUUACUCCCCAUACUUGGUUUGCAAUAUUUUUAAUGUUCUUGCUUGAAGUUUAUAUUCUUUCUGGAAUAGAUAUCUGAUUUGUGUUAACAGAAGGAAGCUAUUGACCGUUUAUUGUAAAGGCAUUUCCUAAUACUGCUAGUUUUAUUUCCUGAAAAUUCUUACAGUGGUAAAAUCUGACACAUUUAAUACAUCAGUAGCAACCGCAGGAAAGGGGCAUCAGCAGUUCUGAUUCUGGGUAGACAUUUGUUGUCAUGAUUAUGAUUUAUGUCAUGAUUUUAUAAAAAUGUUUGCUCUGGUUAGAUCACUGCUAUGACAUGUAACCUGAAUACAAAUUUUCAGUCUGGUAUAUGGAUAAACAUGUUACUGUUUGAGUGUUACUUUAUUACAAAGCAAUUGCCUCUUAAAAUCAUUUUGAAAUGCAUUUUACUCUUUCCUGAGCUUUAAGGGGCUUUAAAAUGCGAAUUUAAAAAAAAAAAAAAGGUAAAAAUAACAAAAAUGAAGGACUACCACAAUAUUACUGUACUCUGCUAUGGCAUGUAGUCAGAAUA